GUCUGUAACCCUUUUUCCCCUCUUCCCACAGCCUUGAGGUCAGAAGCUAGGCUUUAACUUCUCUUAUCGGCUAUCGCCAUUCAUCUCUCAGCUUCUGUGGCCUUCUCUCAGACCAUCUGAGUCUUUCUCACAACGUAUCUGUUAUCCUCUGGCGCCGAAUAUCCCGUAACUCUGGCCCCGAUUGCGGUCUAAACGCCGAACGAAACAGUCACGGUGCGACCCUUACCACGAGUGCCAGCAGUCUGCGGAAAACAGGUCGAUCGGAAUCGGAGCUUUCAAAUUUGACAUUCAUACAACCUGUACAGGUUACCACGACAUCAUUUCUUCCACCAGAUCUACCUUCAACGAGUGGGGACGGCACAACCCAUAGCCCAGCAUGGAGACACCAGUAGUGCCUCCUCCCCAGGAUGCUCGGGAGACAGAGAUCAUGGAGCGUCUCGUGGCGGUACGGGACCAGCUGCUCCUCCUCAAGCAGGACCGUACCAAAUAUAUCCGCUCUCAGGAUGUCAUGGGCUUGUAUGACCAGACUAUCGAGGAGGUCCGCAAGGUCACCGAGAUUCGGGCAGUCAGCAACGGGGAUGCCGGCGAGAACCGCCUUGAUAGAGUCAUGGAGAGCUGCUUUCAGCUGCUGUCGCUCUUCUUCAUGACGAUAGGGAGGACCGGAGAAGCUCCCGCGGCCUAUGCGCUCACGUCGACCAUCAAGAGGCUGCUGGGUCACCUUACCGAGGCGAACGUGUUCUCUGCUAAGGAUCUCGAGAGCAUGAGCAAAACCCUGGUCCAAUUGUCCGGUUCGGUCAACGAUGCUGAUGGUCGGCAUUCGCCCUACUUGAUCAAGCUGUUGUCGAAGAGGGUACAGUUGUGUCAGUCGUCACUCGCAAGGCUGCAAAACAAGUUGAACAUCCUCGACGAUGCAUUGGUGGAUGUGCACGAGAAGCUGGUUUCCAUCAUCCGCUCGAUGGCGUUGGCAAACACUAAGGCUAAGUUCAACCGAGCGGAGGUAGAGAAACUCAAGGCUCAACUGCAAGACAUCGAUGCUCGACGGGUGGGUGGCCAGUUCAAGACAGCAGACGGUGGGAUUGCCAAGGGCAGCGAGGAGGUUUCGGAUCUCCUUGAUCGUUGUCUCCUCUGGUCCGAUGUCGUUUUAGAGCGGAAAGGAGUGAUUCCCGAGCAAUGGAAACCAAUCUACGACGUCUUGAUUGGCAUCCGCAACGAUCUCGACAAGUUCUCGAUCACGCCAGCGUGGUCCCUUCGAGAGACAGACCUGUAUGACUAUCAACGGCAACUCGACAAGAUUGACGAGGCCAGAGUUGAUGGCAACUGGCUGGACGACCAGGGCCAGCCGGCGGAGCUCUAUGUGCAGAGGACGUUACUGUACCUUAUCCGACGGAGUUACGGCUAUAUUUAUCAUCUCAUGCUCCUGUCGGAGCCAGUUUCGGAGGCACUCCUCCCAGUAUACAACCAACUGUCAACCUUGAAGCGCUGCCUGCUGGAGGUCAAGGAUUCUGGAGGCGUUAACUCAGCAAGAGAACUGUAUCCUUACAGCAUGAAGCUCAACUCCAUUGACAACAUGCGGUCGGACGGGAAAUUCGAGAUUAACGGCGACAUCCCCGAAGGUCAAGGAGCGGUGACAGACCUGCUGGCUGAGUGUUUUGAGCUCAACUACGAGCUUCGCGUUGAGGCAGAAUCCCGCGCCGAGUCGGCAGCGGGUGCCGAGGCUGCAGCGGAGACCUAAAGGCCACACACCUCUGCAGAGUGUUCGAGAGUACUUGUGUGUGUCUGGCUGACUCCCACAGCGCCCAUUGGAGUCUGUUCAGCUCAACAGCUGCCGAGUUUGCGUGCAACCCAGGACGCAGAAUCCUAUGCUGUCGUAUCCGUGAGAGGGAGACAAGGAUAUAAUCUUCUUAUCCUGGGAAACGAAAAGCCUGCAGGGGCUGUCGAAUCAAGCGUGGAUAACACGAGCGAAAGUGUAAAGUGGUGUGUGUGGCUGCGAUACGUGCACUUCCUUUUGAUUUAGCCGGGACUGGUAUGGUACGGAGUAUGGUUAUAAACAUGCAGUAUCAAGAAAUCGAGGAAGGAAAAGGUGUCCUGGGCAUGCAGCGGAUAAGGUCAACUCGAAAAUGGGAACAGCACGGGUGGCAAUAGGGCAUGCAUGCAUUCACAGUCUGAUUCUUCUUCUUUGGAACCGGCGGUGGACUUUGGUAUUCACAGAGCAUAUCCCAGUGAGAGAACAGACACUUGUUGAGAAAGGAGGAGGAAGCUCGCAGGCUUGUACUGAAAUCUUGUAGCGCUUCGUCCAUAAUCGAUUUGAGACUCGCGGUCAUACCCCC